AUCAGCUACAUUUCGUGCGUGCAAGUGGGCGAGAUGUACAGGUCGUACAACAAUUACAAAGUUAUAGAGUCUGACAGGAAGGCAAACGUUGCUCCGUGUUUGUACUGGGACGUGGAUACAGUGGCUGACUGGGUGGGAGAGAUAGGCUUCCCUCUGUACAAGGAAUGUUUCCGCCGCAAUUUCAUCAACGGCCGUAAGCUGAUCUGUGUCCACGCCUCCUCGCUGCCUAGAAUGGGAGUACUGAAGUUUGAUGACAUCUUGUGCAUCACCAAGAAGAUCCGACAGCUGUUGGACAUCGAGGCUGCCGGCACGAACCACUUCCGGACCCAGAAGGACCCCAAAUACAUGUACUUCCAGCAGAAGAAGCGUACUGGGCGGAUGGUGGACAAUCUCUCAUACAGAGUGUUUGUGAAGAAGAAUAACAAGGUCUUCAAAUAGACAGUGCAUAUUGAGAGACCCACCGAAACGUUGCAGUAGUUUCUGAAUUAAAACCUAAAUUUUACCCGA